UCAAGGAUUCACGAUGAGAGCGGCCAUCGCUGUGCAGCUGAGCCUCAGCGCCCUGUGUCUAACUUUGACGCUUUCCAACGUAGGAUUGGCAGAAGUGCUUCCUGAACCAAAUGCUGUAGACUGUAAGUGGAGCCAGUGGUCGCAAUGGACUUCUUGUGAUCCUUGCACCAAAAGGAGAUUACGUUCUCGAGGCAUAGAGGUGUUUGGCCAGUUCGGUGGGGAACCCUGCACCGGAGCAAUCGGUCACAGGGAGUUCUGCGAAACCACAGAGUUAUGCUCACAGCCAACCCCCUCUCCUUGCUCGGAGUCUGAGUUCCAGUGCACAACAGAUCUGAAAACCUGCAUCAAGAAGAGAUUAGAAUGCAACGGGGACUACGACUGUGAAGACGGGUCGGAUGAGGACUGCGAUCCUGUCCGUAAACCCUGUGGGACGUCCGACCUCGAUAACAAUGAGCAAGGCAGGACGGCAGGAUAUGGGGUCAACAUCUUGGGUGCAGAUCCUCGAAUGAACCCCUUCAAUAAUGAUUUCUUCAACGGGCGAUGUAGCAAAGUGAGGAACCCAAACACGGGGAAGUACGACAGACUUCCCUGGAACGUUGGUGUGCUCAACUACGAGACUCUCGUAGAGGAAACUGUGUCCAGAGAGAUCUAUGAGGACACAUACUCCAUUGUGAAGGAAAUGCUGAAAGAGAAGAGCUUUAAAAUCGAUGCUGGACUUUCUUUCAAAUUCAGUAACAGUGAAUCGUCUUUGGGGAACGUUUCUGUUGAGGCCAAGUUGAAUUUCUCAAAGAAUGAGCUUAUUAGGGAUGUCAUAGAGUACUCUAAAAUUAAGAACAUAAGCUUCAUGAGGGUAAAAGGUAAAGUUCAGCUGAGCACCUACAGGAUGCGCUCCAAUGAUAUUAAAGUUGCUGAGGACUUCCUGAUGCACGUCAGAUCACUACCGUUGGCUUACGACAAGGGCAUUUAUUUUGCCUUCCUGGAAGACUACGGAACCCACUACACAAGAAGUGGAAAGUCUGGUGGCGAAUAUGAACUGAUCUACGCUCUCAACCAGAACACCAUCAGGGAAAGAAACAUUACAGACAGAAGCAUUCAAAACUGUGUCAAAGUGGGGAUCACUGCGAACUUUGUUUCUCCUCCUGGCAAAGAUUCAAACGGAAAAGGACACGUCAGACUGGGCGACUGUGAAAAAACAAUAAGCAAUAAGACAGUUAGUGCUGAUGGGAAGGCAUUGGUGGAUAAGGUGAUGACUUCAGUUAAAGGAGGAACUCUGGAGACCGCCGUUUCUAUGAGAGCCCAGCUGAACAGGGAGGGAGUCAUGGAAAUGAAUACCUACCAAAGCUGGGCCAGGUCCAUUGCAGAUGCCCCUGCACUGUUACAGAGUGAGCCUGAGCCCAUCUACAUGUUAAUUCCACUGGACUCUCCUGACGCAAACACCAGAAUUAACAACUUCAGGAGGGCUACAGAAGACUAUAUCGCCGAAUACAACAUAUGCAAGUGUAAGCCCUGUCAUAACGGAGGUACUCUCGCUCUGAUUGAUGGAAAGUGUAUUUGCAUGUGUCCCGAACUGUUCGAAGGCCUGGGCUGCCAGAACUUCAAGGCAGAUAAAGCUUCACACCAAGGUAAAAAGCCCACUCCUCUCCAGGAGGGCAACUGGUCCUGUUGGACGUCCUGGUCCUCGUGCAGCGGAGGGAAACGUAGCAGGACACGCCGCUGCAACACCGAUGGACUCGGCCCAUCUAUCAGAUGCAAAGGAGAGCUCGCUAGUGAGGACUACUGCUGAAAAGCACCAAUCCUCUCUCGCUGUCAACGUGUGUUCAAGUGUUAACAACACAAAUAAAGCCAACAUUUUACUGCG